UAUGUGGGGAAACCAGCGCUCUGCGGGCUGUUUUAGCAGCCGGAGCCCCCGCAUCCACUCCAGAUGUUCAUGGGGGGUACCCACUGCAUUACGCCGCCCAGAUGUGCGGAGGGGCGAAAGACUCUGAGCUGGGACUGCAAGUGCUGAACGCCCUGCUGGCUCAGAAGGAGGUCAAUGUCUCAGUGGAGGAUGGGGACCGAAGGCAGCCGCUCUUAUGGGCGGCCAGUGCCGGCUCGGCCAAGGCCCUGCUGGCUCUAGUGCGAGCUGGCGCCACCGUGGAAUCAUCUGAUAGGGACGGGCUGACUGCGCUGCACUGCGCAGCUUCCAGAGGGCACACCGACUGCUUGGACACCCUGCUGACCCUUUGCGGGGCCUCUCCUGAUACGAUCGACACCAAUGGAUGCACCGCCCUCCACUAUGCGGUCACUUUAGGCCACGCAGAUGCGACGGCGCUCCUGCUGGCGCACGGCGCAGAUUUGAACCGGCAGGACCGCAAGGGGCGCAGCCCGGCCCACUGUGGGUGCGCAAAAGGCCAGUUUGAGACCGUGAAGCUGAUUGCGGCGCGAGGCGCUAACCUGUGGAUGCGCAAUGCUAGGGGCGAUUUUCCGUUGCACGAUGCGGCAGCGUCGGGCAGGCGGGAGCUGGUUUCCUGGCUGCUGAACAUGAGGCCCAGUCAGGUCAAUGCGAAGAACAACGAUGGCCGAACGCCGCUGCAUCUGGCAGCUUUGAAUGAUAAUGCCGAUAUGUGCAAGAUUUUGCUGGACUCAGGAGCAGCAAUCAAUCCCGUUCUGCGCACCACCAAGAACGUCUUCAUGACGCCACUGGACUGCGCACUCCAAAGAGGCUUCCGAUCCACCGCCAAGUAUCUGCAGCUGCAUGGAGGGGUGCCAGCCAAUCGGCUCUCCGCCCACGGCUCCGAGGUUCAGAUUCUGAGCAGUUCGCUCAGUCUGCGGAUCAGAGACGACGUGGCCUUUUGGGGCGGCAGCAGUUCCGAAAGCGAGCGCGACACCAAAGCAUCGAAACGCCUCCACAAGCGCAAAGGCAGGAAAAAGCGACCUCAGCAAAGUGAGGGAAAGUCGGAAAGUGAGGGCGAGGUUAAACCCAAAGAAACAAUCACAGUGGAGGCCACGCCAAGGAAAUCAGCCUCCAGCAGGAUCGACUACAGCAACGAAAUCGUCAUCAAUGGAAGGACUGAAAUCAACAUUCAUCAGACCAACGAAAUCGUGGUAGAUGAGGGCGGGGCUUCGCCGAGGAAAGUCGCCUUUGACUCGAGCGAAACCAUCACUCUCCCGAGCACAGCUGGGGAGAAGGAGAGGCCGGCGAAGAGCGCCAAAUCCUGCAACCUGAACAAAGAAAAAUCGUGCAGCGACAAGGAACUGGCCACUUCGGAAGACACUUUGGACACAGUCAUCGACACCUACAAGCAAAAGGCCGAAACGCUCAAAGCAGAAAUGCGCCAAUCCUCAAUGGAGAAGAUCACCACCCUGCAAGAACUGUCCAAUACAAGCGAAGAACUGGAAGGCCCGCGCGAGAUGGUCGUGGAAGCCAGUGUCCAUCCGGAGCCCAAAAACAUCGAGUCGAUUAAGAGCAUUCUAAAAACUCCCGAACUGGUUGAGGAAAAACCGCCGGAAUCAAAUAUCGAUAGAGUGCAAAAUGAACCUGCUGCCUCCCAAGCAGAGACAGCUGAAGCUGCGGAAUUGGUUCCUACCGAAGACGUUGCAGAGGCAGAGCCAGUUGCAGCCCCGCCGGAAGAAACAGCAGCACCAGCUGCAGCCUCCCAAGAAGAAACAGCUGCGACAACUGCAGCGCCUCCAGCUGCAGAACCAGCAGAGGAAGUGGAGCAGGCUACAAUCGCCUCACUUACCACAGCUGCAGUGGUAAAGAAGCCUGCCAAAGAAGCAGAAAGCCCUCAAGCCCCAGCCCUCGACUUGCCGGCUCCAAAACUUCCAGAGCUGGACGCACAGGAUCAGCCAGCAAUAAUGAAAAUCCUCAGCGACAACGAGAGGCAAAAGUCCGAAGAUUCGUCGGAGAUUCUAAGCGACUCGAUGGAGCAGGCCAGCAAGGUGCACAAGAGCUUCAAAGUGCUCAGCAUGCAGGAAGCGAAGCAGCUGCCACUCCACUCCAAGUCCGAGGACUUGAAGCAGAAAAAGCCCAGGAUGAGACGCAGUCAUAUUCCAACAGCCACGUUCCAUACUCCACUUUCCAAGAGCGAUCGGCAGCUGGAUCGACUAGUGGAGCGCGAACAGUUGCAGAUUGGCGCCGAUUGCAGAGUUCCGUCGCUUCCAAAUAUACAUCAGAGCCAUCGGCCAAAUCUGCGCCCAGACUCAAACCUGUCCGCCCCUAUUAUGCCGUUGGCCUACAGCGAAAAUGAGGCAGAAAGCGGCUCCGAUCUGGAGGAGGACGCGCGACUGAGCCCCAGCAAGAAGAAGAAGGUGAAGAAGCGACCCAAGGCCAAGCGACGCGAGUCCAGGAGUGCCGGCAGCGACUACGAGAGCAGCAAUCUGAUCGAUUCUGGAUUCGAGCCCAGCCCUCGAAGCAGCAGGAUUCCCAAGUGGAAAAACGUCUCCGACAGGGGCGUUAAUAUGUCCUCAGUGACCAGAAGCAUCCAGAACAACAUCAGAAGAUACCACCUGGAAAGGAAGAUCUUCCAGCACUUGCUCGACUUGAAACGCAGCCAAAUCCGUGCAGGCCAACACAAUGAGACGGUGCUGGUGAAACGAGCGAUCGACCAGUACAACCAAUCAUGUGCCUCCACAGUGGGGGCCGGUCGCUACAUCCCGGAAGAUUUCAGCUUCAAAAGCUUCGAGAAGUUCCUCUACGAGUCGCUGCGGAAGUUGCAGAAACUCGACAUGGCCCAUUUGAAGGGGCUUCCUGAUAGUUCUGAGCACGUCAACCCGCUGCUGUGCACUCAGAGCACGCAUCGGUGCAUGCACGCCACGCACGCAUAUACUGGUGUACCGUGCGCUGCCUAUUUGCCAAAAAUGGACCAUCAUUCGAUUCCCAAGAUCGGCUUCAGCAACUCGACGAACUGCAAACCGGGCACGGCCGGGUUCCUGCCCAGCAUCAACCCGAAGAAGGCCGUAAUGCUGGAACUGAGCCACGGUACYGAUAAACAGGUGAUUUCACUGCCAACCGAUAAGCUGGAUCAGAACAAGCGCUACUACGUAACGUUCACUGUGAAGGGUCARGACGCGGCUUCCAGUGAGGAGAAUGCGGCUGGAAACGGUCACAUUCACUCAAAGAGCGACUAGAUUCGCUGAUCAUCCAUGUAGGUAGGACGUAGYCGAAUCCAUCAUCAGGUUUCUAAGGCAUUUUAUGUAGAUAAGUUAUAUAUUGUUGAGGCGGAUUCAUUUUUUCACAAACUUCUUUUUGGGUAUUUYGCCUUAAAAAUUUKUGUUUUUAAAAAAG